UAGUUAGAUUACUUAUUUAAAAGCCAACGUUGUUGAGGUGCCGGUGUAUUGAAAUCUGACUGCUUGUUUGAGCUAUAGAAGCACGGAAUCGUUGGUUUGAGCUUUUUUGAGUCUGAUAUGAAUCUUGGGAUUACAUAUUUUAAGCAACAUUGACCCUUAAUAUAUACAUUUUGAAAAGUAAAAGUCUGGUAAUUAUUGAAGAGGAAAGAGAGGGGUAUUGACUGGAAUUUUUUAAGGUUUUUUAUUACAUUUCAAGUUAUCGUUCAAUUUUACUCUUCUUUGCCCCCUUUCCUUGCAAUUAACUUUUGUUCAUUUCCUGUGUCUGUAUAAAAUGAUUGGUCACAUGACUUCCCUUGCUUUUCCUUCUUAAGACCGUUCAAAACUUUGGAGUUUACCAUAUUUCAGCAAAUAUUGAGCUGUUGCAACUCUGUAAUUUGUAAUUGUCUGGAAGUUUGUGGAAGAGACUUGGUGGCGGUGGUUAAGGGUCUAUUUGAAGUUGGGGUACCGUGUCAUCUUCUCUCUCUUACUUGCCUUGCCUAUUAUGAGUUAUGGAAUUUACAAUCCAUUGUAUCUUGUCAUGCAUCAUGUAGGAAGACGUGAUCUGUGUUAUAUUCAACUAGAAUUCAUAUUUUUAAUUGUUUAUGUCAUUUUGGGGGUGUUUUUAUCUUGACCUGGAGGAGCACCAAUAGGUAUAAGAUUUUUUUGGUGGUUCUGGACGAUGGAUUUUGAUGGGCUUGUUGAGUUUGCGGAUUUUUAUCUUGUUGGUAAUUGAUUUGAUGGGAGCCAAGAGUUCUACUUCUAGGAAUGGGAGGAGUUGGAGUCAGUCUUCAUCAACUCGGUCUACUUCUUCAUCGUCAUGGAAUUAUCGUCAUUCUCAAUCAUCGGUUUCACAAUAUGCUCAGAAUUACCCUGUGCAGCAACCAUAUUCUGCUGAGGAUCCACCACCAAACCAUUACUAUGCUCCUCCUCCUCCCAAUUAUGGGGUUUCAUCCCAAUCACAUGCACCACAAAAGAAGCUCGAAAGGAGGUAUUCAAGGAUUGCGGACAAUUAUAAUUCGUUAGAGGAGGUGACUGAAGCUCUUUCUCGUGCUGGCCUCGAGUCUUCAAAUCUAAUUAUUGGCAUUGAUUUCACUAAGAGCAAUGAGUGGACAGGUAAGAGAUCCUCCAAUGGUAGAAGCUUACAUCACAUCGGAAGUGGUUUAAAUCCUUAUGAACAAGCAAUAUCCAUCAUUGGGAAAACGCUGGGAGCUUUUGAUGAAGAUAACUUGAUUCCCUGUUUUGGAUUUGGAGACGCAUCAACGCAUGAUCAAGAUGUAUUCAGCUUCUAUCCUGAUGAAAGAUUUUGCAAUGGGUUUGAGGAGGUGUUGAGUCGUUACAGAGAGAUUGUUCCUCAUCUAAAACUUGCAGGACCAACAUCCUUUGCCCCUAUUAUUGAAAUGGCCAUGAGUAUUGUUGAGCAGAAUGGAGGACAAUACCAUGUUUUACUAAUUAUUGCAGAUGGACAGGUUACCAGAAGUGUCGAUACUGAACGCGAUCAGCUAAGUCCACAGGAGCAGAUAACUGUUCAAGCCAUUGUUGAAGCAAGCAAGUUGCCGUUGUCUAUCAUUUUGAUCGGAGUUGGAGAUGGACCCUGGGACAUGAUGAAGGAAUUUGAUGAUAACAUUCCAGCUCGGGACUUUGAUAAUUUCCAGUUUGUAAAUUUCACUGAGAUUAUGUGCAAAAAUGUGCACCAAUCUCGAAAAGAGACAGAAUUUGCUCUUGCAGCAUUGAUGGAAAUUCCAUCUCAAUUUAAAGCAACAAUGGAGCUUAAUUUGUUGGGCGGACAAAAAGGACAUGGUGCAGAGAGGGUUCCUCUUCCACCACCUGUCUAUGGUGCAGCAUCUGGCACCAAUUCAGAACUCGAUUGUGCAACUAGUUUUCAGCAGAGUUCAAGUUCAUAUUAUGAUGCCAACAGUUCAGUCGAUGCAGUCCCAUCUGCUCCGAGUUCAACAUAUGACAACCAGAUUUGUCCUGUUUGCUUCAGUAACCGAAAGGACAUGGCAUUUGGUUGUGGGCAUCAGACAUGCUGCGACUGUGGAAAUAACCUUCAGCUUUGUCCAAUUUGCCAGAGUUCAAUCCAAACCAGAAUAAAACUCUACUGAGUAGCUUGUUUGCUUGUUAAAACGUAGCUGCUGCUAAAAAACUAACAGGUUAGCACGGCUUGCUUCUCCGUCGUUAUCUCCCUCAUCUGCCCAUCCCUUUUGUGCCAAAUUAUUUUAAUUUGUUCUUGAUGUAAAAAUUUAGUAGUUUGAGUUGAUGCAUCAUUGUAAAUUUAUGGUGUUGACAUUAUACACAGCACAUAAUCUUAUUUAUAUACAU